AUGAGUGAGAAUGAGGAUGUGGUUGUAACACCGCGCAAUCCCGAGACAUUGCACAAUUUCGGCCCUGCUUCUGCUCGUGACAGCAUCCUUUACACAUCGGAACGACCAGGUGGGGAUCCAGAGGGUGGCGCCAAGAUUCCGAAAUCAAAAGUGCUCGAGUGGAUCGAGUUUAUGAAGACUGAGAAUGUCAAGCACGUGAUGUUAUUGCUGGAUGAUAAUGAGCUGGAGACCUACGAAGAACCUGGUUUGUUGGCAUUGUACAAAGAACAUGGGUUGUCGAUACACCGGAAUCCCAUGGGUCCAUUGGGAUCUUCCAGCAGCGCCGAGAAAACUAUCAAGGAGGUGGAAACAGCCAACGAGAAAGUCGUGGCUCAUUGUACCCAUGGGAUGGGCCGAAGUGGACGAGUAGCUGCCGGUUGGUUGGUGAUGCGCUAUGGAUUGACCCCACAGGAAGCCACGGACGAGGUAGUGGACAUGGCCCGCAAAAAUGGACAAGAGAGAAUGGGAAAUGUCAAGGCUCUGGAAAAGUGGUUGAGUAACAAAUAG